AUGAACUCGAUUGUGCCAUGGUUUGCACAAGUUCACUGUGGUAAUCGUAGUCCCAAUAAUCAGGAUGGUUUUUCAACUAAUUCAUUAUCCAGAAUAGCAGGACAAGAUUCAGAUUCAGAUGCAGAUACUCAUGAUGAAUUGGAUGGUAUCUUUUCUAAAAUGAAUCCAGUCAGCAAGUUAGCCGGGAAAAAUGUAAAGGAAGGAAGUUUGGAACGAAAACCAUUGCUCUCGGAACGAAUUCAAACAUUGUCAGGUGAAGAAAGCUUGUCACCCAGCGAUCGACAAAAUCGC